UCUCGCGUUAGUCGCACCUUAAAUUUUAGACGAUUCGGUUGUCAGUUUUCCGUUUCCGCUGAUAUUAUAAUAAUUAUCGAGUUAGUUGCCUGCAUUUGGCUGUACAAUUAUAUUGUUUUUAGCUAAAGUAAAUAAAAAUUAUUCUGAGAAUAAAAGUAUCUGCAUUCAGUCUAGCUGACCAAAUAGCAGUGCUGCCUAAAAGUAUGUGACAGUGUUUAAACAAAGCUUAUGCAAAUUAUGAAUAUGAUUUAAAAGUUUUUUAAAAUGUUCUAAGAGUGUCUCUUAACACAAAGAUAACUAUUGUUGAGCUAUCGUUAAACUACUGCCAUGCACGAUCCCAACGAUUAUGAUUCCGUUUACAGUGAUGAGGACUUUUUGGAUGUUGUUCAGGGCGCCUCAACUCCGCCCCUAAUGAACUACGAUGAGUUUCUAACGAAAACUAUGGAUGAACGACAGCACAUACAAAGGAAAACUUUUACGAAAUGGAUCAAUUCACAUCUUAGCAAUACCCAGUGCACGCCAGUGAAUGAUUUGUUCUUGGAUCUGCGAGAUGGACAUCGUUUAUUGGCAUUGCUCAGCACCUUAACACAAACACAGCUGAAACCGGAAAAGGGUCGUAUGCGAGUGCAUCACAUCAACAAUUUGAACAAGGUGCUCCAGGUGAUUCAACAGCAUGGCGUGAGAUUGGUGAACAUCUCCAGUGAUGACAUUGUCGGGGGCAAUGCGAAGCUUACUCUGGGCCUCAUCUGGCUGAUAGCCCUGGAGUUCAAUGGCCAGCAUCUAGUCAAAAGUCAUUCAAGCAAUGGCGUUGAGAAAUCCCUGUUGGCCUGGGCAAGACAAUACACAGAACCACAUGGCUUGGCGUUGAAUGAUUUCGCCAGUUCUUGGGCCGAUGGAAGGGCUUUUCUGAUGAUAUUGGCUGCACAUUUGGAUGAACUCGAUCUGGAGACGGCACUGGGACAACACGCAUUGCAGCGUCUUCAUUUGGCUUUCGAUUUGGCCCACAGACAUUUCAAGAUUGAGAAACUCUUGGAUGCCGAGGAUGUGCAUACUCACAAGCCGGACAAUAAAUCAAUACAGAUGUAUGUGAUGUGUCUAUAUCAUGCCAUGGAAUCGAUGCGAGCCACGGAACGUGAUCGAGUUCCUUGCACAAGCAUCACAGAUCUGGAUGAAGUGCCACUGGAUGGAGAACGGGAAAUUUACACAUCCGACAGUGCAGCCAGCAUGGAGUUGAAGUCCGGAUUGGAAACGGCAUCAAUGCGACCUCUCAGCACGGCGACAAAUGCCAGUGUAGAGAUUAGCAGCUAUCAGACAGCUUUGGAGGCGGUGCUCACUCUACUGCUGGAGGAUGAGCAGCUGUUGUCACAGGAUUUGCCCGAUCCUGAGGAUUUCCAAACAGCCAAGUUGCAGUUCCAUGAGAACGAGAGCUUUAUGUUGAAACUAACCGAGCACCAGGAGUUUGUCGGCGAGGCUCUCGAAGAAGGCAGCACCUUGAUCAAUGAGUCACAAAAAAAGGACGGAUCGGGACUCUCCCAGGAGGAUCAGAACGAGGUGCGUCAACAGAUGGUCUUGCUGAACGAACGAUGGGAAACAUUGCGUUUGCGUGCUCUCGACAUGCAGGCCAAGAUUCUAAUGCGUUUGGCCGAAUUCCAGAAGCAGAAACUCGAGCAACUGCGUCAGUUUCUAACCAAUGUCGAGGAUCGCAUCUCACACAUGAGCGACAUUGGACCCACAAUUGCCGAAGCGGAACAGCAGCUGACGGAGGCGAGACAAUUGAAGGCGGAUCUCUGUGAGCAACAGGAGCUGGUGGACAGCAUAAGUAGCAUGGUUGUCAUUGUGAAUGACACUUCGGGUAAUUUCAAUGAUCUCGAGGAUCGACUGAGUGCUCUUGGGGAACGCUGGUCCCAUGUCGUCAAGUGGAUAGAUCUGCGCACCGAGAAGCUGCAACAAUAUAAAUGCAUUUCCCGCUGGUUGGAUGCACGAGAACAGGAUUUGAAGCGCAUGGAAAGCCGGGAUGUCACCGAUGUUGGUGGCAUUACGCAGCGCAUCAAUGAGUUGAAUUAUUGUGCCAAAGAUUUGCUGGAGUUGCAACGUUAUCUCAUUGAUUUGCGUCAAAUGGUGGCUGCCACAUUGCAAGAUGGCGAUGACAAGGGGGAACGUGUGCUCAUGCAACUGGAGAGCUACGAGGAUCGUCUGGAUGCACUCAAGCAAAUCCUUGAGGUGCAAACGUUGCGCAUUGAAACAAAGGGUUUCAACUUUGGCAGAGAUCGUGCCAGCUAUGAUGACAGCCGUGUGGUGAGACCAGACGGUUGGGUGGAUUAUCAAAUGAUUAUACGCUUUGGAGAGGACGAGGAUGAGGAGCAGCAGCAGCAGCAGCAGAAACAACAUGAGGAGCAGCAGCUGGAGGAGGAGUCUGUUGAAUUGGCGACCAAGAAGCGUAAACUGCGUAAUGGCGAUAACUUUUUUGCCCUGGAAACUCAGAUCAUGGAACACUUUGCCUACGUCCAGGAUGUGGAGCAACAAUUGCAACAGCUGCAGCGUCAAAGUCUGCGUAAUCAGUGCGAGCUGCUGAAAGAACUCCAAACGGAGAGUCAAAGACGCUUCAACACUUUGCCGGAACUCAAGAAACUGUAUGAGGUGUGCGAACAGGAGGAGCCAGGACGUAAGCUUCUACUGGAAGCAGCUCACAUCAAGCAGCUGGAACAGAGAUAUGCAGCAUUAAAUCAGCGUCUGUUGAGUCAACAAACCGAAAGCAACACGCUCUUGGCCAAGGAACGUUAUUACAAUAGCUUAACCGGCUUUAAGCUGGUUUUAGCCGACUCAAGGGAUUGGUAUAAGCAGCAUGCGGGUACGGCCAGCUGCCAAGAGCUGGAGCAGCGUCUCAGUCACAUGGACUCGCUGGCCACGGAAAUCGCCGAGGCACGUGAAGCCACCGAGGCAUUGGAUGAGCAGCUGCUUGAGUGGAAACAAGACUUUGGCAUCUUCUACGACAGCUGGCAUGACAUGAAACAGGCUCUUCAUGCACUCAUCCAACAACGUGGCAAAGAGAAUAUUGCCCAGCAAUUGCAGCAACUCGAGCAGUUUGUCAGCAAGGUGGCAACCCAAAAGGUACGCGUCUCGAAUCUGGAGGCGAUGCAACAACAACAGCAGCUGCUGAAUCAACUUGUCGAUGAAUUGGAAUCGUUGAAACCCAUCUAUGAACGUGUUCCCGCCCAUCUGCUCAGCACGGAGCUGCAGGCAGCCUGGCAACGUCUUCCGGAGCAGCUGAGUGAACGGGUCAUCAAACAGACCACGGCAAUUGAGAACUUAAAUCACUUUGUAGCCGAAUACAAUUCGAUUAUAGCCGUCUUGAGCAGCGCUCCUGAUGUGGUUCAAGCUCAGGAUCUACGUAAACUUGAGAUUGAUGUGAUUAGUGCAAGAAAUUUCAGUGAGAUUCUUAUUAAGGAGUCGGAGGAAGUGCAGCGGGCAACGUUGCAAGCGCAGAUAAGUGCAUUGAAUGCCCUUUACCAACAGGUGGAGCAAGUGCAUCAGGCCCAGCGGCAGCAACAGACAGCUUUUCAAUCCCAAAUCGAUGUCAUACAACAGCGAUUGCAGCAAACGGAACGUUGGCUCUGUGAACUGGAGGAGAAUACACCCAAAUCAGGUGUUGCGGAAAUUGGAAAUUCCAAUGAGCUUUUCCAAAGCAAAAGCAAAUUUCAAAUGCUCAAGGAAACCUGCGAACGGGAGGUCACACAAUUCAGGGAACUCAACGAGCUGGGCGGUGAGUUGUUGCUCCAAAUGGACGAGUUGCAGGACAAGGACAAGGACACCAAAUAUGGCACGUUGGCCAAACAAUUUACACGCCUCAAUGCCCGUUGGUCGGAGGUCACGGAGCGAGUGUAUGCCAAGACGGCAUUGUUGGAGCACAUCUCCACUCAACUAGGCGAGUUUAAGAAGUUCAUGGUCAGCGAGACGGGGUAUUUGGAUCGAUUGGAGAACAAGAUACGCAAUACGCCCGAAAAUGCAGCCGAUGCCGAGGAAAUUAUCGAGGAGCUCGACGAUUUGGAGAACGUGCUGCAUGCUCACUCCGAGGAAUGGCUGGACAAGAUUCAAGAAAUUGGCAAUGAGCUAAUUGACAAUGAAUUUAUGGCCGAUGUUAUGCGUAAAGAUAUUGAUGGCAUUGUUGUUCGCUGGACACAAUUACAACAGCAGGCGAAAAAGCGCACCGAACUCCUGGAGGUGAAGGUCAGUGAAGCGGAGCAGUCUGAGAGAGCCGUGGUUCAUCUGGAGGCGUGGUUAACUCGAAUGGAUGAGAUACUCAGCGAGCAUCUGGAAAACGAUGUGACAAUUGAGGAUCUGCCCGAUGAUUUUCAGAUUCUGGCUCGUGAAUUUGCUGUUAAUGAGCAAAACUUUAAGGACAUAACUGAACUGAUUGCGGAGCACACUCGUAAGGGGAAAACUGGUGCUGCCAAUCGAUUGCAGGAGCAGCUGAAUUUGAUGGAGUUACGUUUUAAGGCCUGUCAGGCGAAACUCAACAAGUGCACAGCUCCACAGCCGGCCUAUGAGUCGAGAUUGAAUCGAGCUUACGGUGAUCUACGAAAUGUGGAGCACUCUACAUUGGUGCUGGAUGUGGCAUCUGCAGGUCCAAGUACCGUGCAGGCGCAGUAUCAAAAGUGUCUGCAAAUUUAUCGCACACUCUCCGAGAUCAAGGCAGAAAUUGAGAGCACAAUUAAAACAGGUCGACGAGUAUGCGAGGAUAAAUACACAAAGUCACCGAAGCAGCUCAGUCAACGCAUCGAUGCGCUAAAGCAUCUUUAUAAUGCGCUCGGCGAGAAUGUCACACAGUCGAAGGCAUUCCUUGAGGGUCUCCUUAAGCUGGCCAGGCAAUUGGAGCAAUGUUUCGAGUCAGCCGAUGAAUUGAUACGCCGUUUUGAGUCGCCACAAGAGUUGCUUGAUCGUAAUUCCAUUCUGCUUGAGUUUGAGGAUGUUUUGCAACGUUGCGAGGAUUAUUAUAAUGAGUACAGCAAGUCCUGUGAUCAGAUCUGCAUGCAGGAAACUCGUCAACGCAUCGAUGGCCUGAAGGCAACCUAUCACAAAUUAACAAGUGCAGAUAUCAUCAAGCGCCUGACUGAGAUGAAAGCAACACUACAGAAUUUGGAUAAUAUUUCCCUAGAUACUCUAAAAGCCAUGGAGCAUGAUCUAAAGGAGAUAAAUGUGCCAUCAAAUCCGGAAAUUGAGAAAUUGCAGCAACAAGUUAUUGCAAUUGUUGUGGAUACUUUGAAAACGCGCUACAGUGAGGCAAGCAUUUUGGCCAAAACAUCGACAGAUAAACCCAAUCCUGAUGAUGAUACGGAAAUUGUUAUUGUUAGCGAUACAGUGCGUCAAAGACGAGCUCGCACACCACAGGCCAGCGAAGGUGCCACAAGUGCCACAAAUGCCACAGCAUCGCCGUCUCCAAAGGCAUCUGCAACAGAUGCAACUGGGGAGUCCGUGUUGCCCGACUUGUUGCCACCGCAAACAUUUCGUUUGGCCGAAUCGAGUACACUCUUCUCCCAGAUCUCUCUGAAUCCCGCCAAAUUGGUUACCGAAACCGCUGCACCACCGAAACCAUCAAAAAAUAAGCGUAAAGCGCCGGCAGCACCCGCUCAAGUGGUUGAAAUCAAAGUGAAAAAUAUACAAAAUGAUAAAAUGUCGGUGCAGAAUAUUGACUUUGAGCCGCAUCAGGGGGAAAUUGUGGACACUGUCAACAUAUUAGAGAGUGUGGAGCCUUUGUUGCCGGAAUAUGUGCAAACUGUGCAGAUUGUGGAUCUAUCUGAGGAUUCCGAUUCCUCAUUGCGUGUUGAUGCUGAGGGAAAAGAGGUGAGACGGAGCAAGAGCAAAAGAUCGCUCUGUGACUCCCCACGAUCGACGCUUGAAGAGGUUGAUAAGGAUGAGGAAACUGAGCUGUUGCGUCCGGGUGCAGAAAAUACAAGUACUCCCUUUCUGCGUGUGGAGAAGCAACGUAUAUCCUUUGAUGAGAAACGCAAAAGGAUUGCCCAUGAACGUGACAUCCUGCGGGACUCUGAGGAGGAACCGGAACCGGAGAAACCUUCACACACUCCCGAAGCGACAAAAACAUCAACAACUGAACAACGACCGAAAGCGAAACGCUGGCGUCAACUUCAACCGGAAUUAGAUGAACUAAUAACGAAUACGGAACCAGAAUCCCCGAUACGCAAUAGUUUCUAUAGUCCCGACAAGGAGACUGGUUUCGAUAUUGAGCCUUUGGUAUUCUCCGAUGAUGAAGAAAUACCACGCUUCUCACUGGAAAUGACACCAACGUUUGACUCCGAUAGUGAUACGAGUCGCAUUGAGACGCCGUCCACAAAGAAACCAAACUCAUUUUUGAGCAAGGUUCUUAGCUCCCCCCUCGAUGAUUCCAAUAUCACCCUUAAGAGUCCGCCCAGUGAACAGCCCAGUGCUGCAAUUGUCUUGGAGCAGCGUGUACAGGAGUUCAAUAAAAUGGCCAAGCAGAUGAUCUAUAAAUUAGAAUUGACCAAGGUCAAAAUCGAACAGUGUCACGAGAGCGAGGCCGAGGAUCUGCGACUGUUGAUAGCGCCGGAUGCAGCCACAUUGAUCUCAAAGGGCGAUUCCUUGGUGCUUGAGACUCAUGGCAAACAGGGCAGCAUUUCCCGGGUUGUUAUGCGUACUCAAAUCAUACUGCGGGAAAAGUUCCGUGAGGUGCAACAGGCAAAAUGCAAAGUAACAGGCAGCACUGGACCUCGACCCAUGCCGGACAGUGUUAAUAUUGAGGAGCUGGUCACGAAGGGUCUGCGGCGCAUUAAUGUGCUCAUUGAGAAGCCCGUUGACCUUAAAUCCAGCACUGAUCUAGAGAAACGCAUGGAAGAUAUCAACGAACGUCGAGACGAUUUACAGGUCAUUGUCGGUGCCAUCGGGAAGAAUCAUCAAAUGCCAAAGGUUACGCCCGUCAUGAUGAACGAAAUCGAAAAGACUAAAAACAAUUUGAUUGCUCAUGCCGAUUCGAUUGAGCUCUCAUUGACCGAACUGAAAAAUGGCACUAAAAUUGGCAAAGGCAACGGAUCAGGCGGCGGCACUCGACAGGAUUACAACAACGAACCGAGUGGAAGCGGCGCUUUGGCCAGCAGCUUCGAUAAGUCCGUACUGCACAUUUCCGACUGGUUAACUUGGGAACAAAACAUGAUCAAGAUACAGAGUGUACCCGUGGACGAUGUGGAAGCCGUUCGCUUGGCCAUCGAAAAGCAGGAGAAAGUUUUGCGUGAAUUGAAAAUGAAAAAGCCGCAACUAAAUGAACUGGUCCAUACGGCGGAAGUGCUUAAAGGUGAUAUCAAGCGACAACAACUCCAGGAGAAAGAAUUGAAACAGUUCUCGUUAGCACCGCACUGUUCAGCCGACUUAGACUAUAUACGUUGCUUUCUCAAAGUGACCCGACUGAGAGAGCAUUGGGAUGAGACGUCGCAGUGUGUGUUGCAACGUGCGGCACAGUUAAAGAGCAUGCUGAGCGACUCACAGCGGUUUGAGGCCAAACGUUUGGAGUUGGAAAAAUGGUUGGCGAGGAUGGAACAGCGUGCUGAGCGAAUGGGCACGGUGGCCACCACAGCCGACAUACUCGAGGCACAACAGAAGGAACAGAAGUCUUUCCACGCCGAGUUGCAUCAGAAUAAGCAGCACUUUGAGCUGUUCAGCGAUUUAACACAGAAUCUAAUUGCAGUCUAUCCCAACGAUGAUACUUCCAGAAUUAAAAAGUUGACGGAAGCCAUUAAUCAACGCUACUCAAACUUAAAUAAUGGUGUCAUUAACCGUGGCAAACAACUUCAUGCUGCUGUUCAUAAUCUACAGUCAUUCGAUCGUGCAAUGGAUCAGUUUCUUGCCUUUCUGUCGGAAACGGAAACACUUUGUGAAAAUGCUGAAUCGGACAUUGAUCGUAAUCCCCUCAUGUUCAAGGAUCUACAAUCGGAAAUUGAAACCCAUCGCGUUGUUUACGAUCGUCUCGAUGGCACCGGCCGCAAACUUUUGGGUUCGCUCACCUCACAAGAGGAUGCGGUUAUGCUGCAGCGUCGCUUGGAUGAAAUGAAUCAACGUUGGAAUAAUUUAAAAUCGAAAAGUAUUGCAAUCAGAAAUCGCUUGGAAUCAAAUUCGGAGCAUUGGAAUGCGCUGUUGUUGUCCCUCCGUGAGUUAACCGAGUGGGUCAUUCGCAAGGAUACCGAACUGAGCACUCUGGGCUUGGGACCUGUUCGAGGUGACGCGGCCAGUCUACAAAAGCAAUUGGAUGAUCAUAAAGCUUUUCGACGUCAGCUGGAGGAUAAACGCCCAAUUGUUGAGAGCAAUUUAACGAGCGGUCGUCAGUAUAUUGCCAGCGAGGCGCCCGUUUCGGAUACCAGCGAUACAGAGGCCGCCCACGAUUCCGACUCACGUUACAUGUCCGCCGAGGAGCAGAGCCGUGAACUGACACGCAGCAUACGGCGGGAGGUUGGAAAACUUUCCGAGCAAUGGAACAAUCUAAUCGAUAGAUCUGACAAUUGGAAGCAUCGUUUGGAUGAAUACAUGACGAAAAUGCGCCAAUUUCAGAAGGUGUUGGAGGAUUUGAGUUCGCGCGUCGCAUUGGCUGAGCAAACGAAGAACUCGUGGCAGACGCCCGCAUCGGUGGGUGAGGCAAAUGAGCAAAUGCAACAGCUGCAGAGGCUGCGGGACAAGAUGACCACGGCCAGUGCACUCUUGGAUGAUUGCAAUGAGCAGCAGUCGUUCUUUACCGCCAAUCAAGUGCUGGUGCCGACGCCUUGUUUGUCCAAACUGGAGGAUUUGAAUACACGCAUGAAACUGUUGCAAAUUGCAAUGGACGAACGUCAGAAGGUUUUGUGCCAGGCUGGAGCUAAUCAUACGCACGAGAACGGCGACGAUGGACGCAACACAUCAAACAGUGGCACCAUUGGUCCAUUACCUAAUUUGGGGCAGAGUGUUAAGCCGCCCUGGGAGCGUGCCACAACCGCCGCCAAUGUGCCUUACUACAUCGACCACGAACGAGAGACCACACACUGGGACCAUCCGGAAAUGAUUGAGCUGAUGAAAGGACUGGCUGAUCUUAAUGAAAUUCGCUUCUCCGCCUAUCGCACAGCCAUGAAGCUGCGCUCUGUCCAAAAACGAUUGGCACUCGAUCGGAUUUCCAUGGCCACCGCCUGUGAAUCGUUCGAUCGUCAUGGACUGCGUGCUCAGAACGAUAAGCUUAUCGAUAUACCCGAUAUGACGACAGUACUGCAUUCGCUCUAUGUGACAAUCGAUAAAAUUGAUUUGACGCUUAUGCUCGAUCUGGCCAUCAACUGGAUACUGAAUGUCUACGAUUCACAGCGGACUGGACAAAUACGUGUGCUUAGCUUUAAGGUGGGGCUCGUACUCCUCUGCCGGGGUCAUCUCGAGGAGAAGUAUCGGUAUCUCUUCCGCCUGGUCGCCGACACAGAAAGGCGGGCGGAUCAGCGACGCUUGGGACUUCUACUGCACGAUUGCAUACAGGUUCCCCGUCAACUGGGUGAAGUGGCCGCCUUCGGUGGCUCCAAUAUUGAGCCCUCUGUGCGAUCUUGCCUGGAACAGGCGGGUAUUUCACAGGAGGCCAUCGAUGGCAAUCAGGAGAUUUCAAUAGAACUGCAACAUUUUCUUGGCUGGCUGCAACACGAGCCACAGAGUCUGGUCUGGCUGCCCGUGUUGCAUCGUUUGGCUGCCGCAGAGGCGGCAAAGCAUCAGGCCAAGUGCAACAUAUGCAAAGAGUAUCCAAUUGUGGGCUUCCGUUAUCGUUGCCUCAAGUGCUUCAAUUUCGACAUGUGCCAAAAGUGUUUCUUCUUUGGACGCAAUGCCAAGAAUCACAAGCUCACCCAUCCCAUGCACGAGUACUGCACAACGACUACAUCCACCGAGGACGUACGCGACUUUACGCGUGCACUCAAAAAUAAAUUCAAGAGUCGCAAAUACUUUAAGAAGCAUCCACGGGUCGGUUACCUGCCGGUGCAGAGUGUGUUAGAAGGUGAUGCUCUGGAGAGUCCCGCGCCCAGUCCACAGCAUACGACGCAUCAGCUGCAGAACGACAUGCACUCGCGCUUGGAGAUGUAUGCAUCGAGGCUGGCACAGGUGGAAUAUGGCGGCACCGGGUCCAACUCGACGCCGGAUAGCGAUGAUGAGCAUCAGCUGAUAGCACAGUAUUGUCAGGCAUUGCCAACGAACAAUGGCAGUGCGCCCAAGUCGCCGGUGCAGGUGAUGGCCGCCAUGGAUGCGGAGCAGCGCGAGGAACUGGAGGCCAUCAUACGGGAUCUCGAGGAGGAGAAUGCCAAUCUGCAGGCCGAGUAUCAGCAGCUGUGCAGUAAACAGCAAAGUGGCACACCCGAUGACUCCAAUGGCAUGCAGCAUUCCAACUCCAGCAUGACGGGACUGGCUAACCAGGGCGAGCAAGGACAGGACAUGAUGGCCGAAGCGAAGCUGCUGCGCCAGCACAAGGGUCGUUUGGAGGCGCGCAUGCAAAUACUUGAGGAUCACAAUCGUCAGCUGGAGGCGCAACUGCAGCGUCUGCGUCAGCUGCUGGAUGAACCCAAUGGCGGCAGUGCCACGAGCAGCGGACUCGCCAGCGCCUCAGGCUCCGCACUCAACUCCAAGCCAAACACGUUGCAAACACGCUCGGUGACCGCCUCGCAGUUGAACACAGAUUCGCCAGCCAAGAUGAAUCAACAGAAUGGUCACUACGAACACAACUCAAAGGGUAUUAUGCUGCCUGGUCUAAGCAACGAGCUGCAACAGCAUCCACAGUUGGCUAGUCUCGCUGCCAAGCAUAAUCAGCAUCACUUAAGCGGCGCCUUGAACGCCCUGCAUCAGCAGCAACAACAACAGCAACAACAACAACAACUUGCACAACGUGGCAUGCUAACGGGCAACGGUGGCAUCGAUAUGUCAAACAACGGCAUGCAAACGUCCGGUUAUAUGGUUGAUGACGGACGUCCACCGCCACCACCGCAUUCCAGUUUACUGCAACAGCAUAUGAACGAUGCCGCUGAUCAUUUGGUGACUGUCAUCACGGAACAGGAAAUCGAGACGAACAACGAGGAGUUGGAUGAGACGAGCAGCAGUAGCACGACAACAAAUACAACGACGACGACGACCACAAAUACAGAAAAAACCUGUGUGGAACUAAGGAAAUAAGUUUCGAUACUUAAAAAUAUACAGAUAGAAAUGCAUGGCAAUACUAAAAACUACAAAUAUAUUAAAAUAAAAAGCCAACUUAAGAAUAUUUCAAUGUAAUGGCUAGCGUGCAAGCAAAUUCUAAACAGUAUAAUUAUAUACUAAUAUAUCUAAACACAACUUACACAUAUAAAUAUCGUGGUACAUAUAUUUAUACUUAUGAAUACUAACAGAUACAAAAGAAAAACGUAUAAAAAGAAGAAAAGCUAAGCGUUUUUUAUUAGUUACGAAAAGAUAGAUAUCAAUGAUAAGUGAAUGAUACAUAUUAAAAGCUGAAAAUAAUGCAGAAAUAUAAAAUGUAGUUAAGAUAUUUACAUAUAAUAUAAACAUCGUAAUUAUACAUAAUCAAUUGCAAGCACAAGCAAAACUGUUAAAAAACAUGCACUUUUUUCAAAACCAAACAACAAUAGAUAUAUUUUUAAAAAUUAUUUUUGGAUUUCGUUUUUUUGUAUUAAAUAUUCAUAUCCAACAUGCAUUUAUAUGCAAUUCUAAUUAUCCUUUUUAUCUUUUACACAGUUUCUUAUUUAUUAACUAUCGUUUAAUGUGUAUUUUUGUAUUAUAAUUUAGUUGUGCUAAUUAAAAGUGUGCUGCAAUGUUUUAAAUAAUAAAAGAUAAAUAAGUUAUUAUUGAACAA